AGCAACUUAUACUUCAUAAAGCCGGAGAGAAGAAAACAGUUGAGCUUGUCCCUCGAAAGUAUGGAUCCUUCCUCCCUUCAGGGACUAAAUUCUCCACUAGGUUUGCUUCAAUGUUUCUCAUUAAGUAACGAGCUUUUUCUCGACCAAGCUUUCCUUUCUCAUGGUGAUGGCUCGAGAGCUCAUAAUGGAUCAUUUGAUGAAGGAGAAGAAAAACAAGUCCCCAAGAAGGAAACAUCAUACCGUGGUGUUAGGAAGCGACCAUGGGGGAAAUACGCGGCGGAGAUAAGGGAUUCGACAAGGCAUGGCAUUCGGGUUUGGCUCGGAACAUUCGAAAGUGCAGAGGCAGCUGCUUUAGCUUAUGAUCAAGCUGCCUUAUCGACACAGGGUCCAAAGGCGGUGCUCAACUUCCCCAUCGAAAGAGUCCGGGAGUCGCUUCGAAACAUGAAUUACUAUUGCAAGGAAGGUACCUCACCGGCCAUAGAACUAAAGCAGAGGAAUUAUUUACAAAGGAAAUUGAUGGACAAGAGAAAUGAAAAGAAGCAGCAGCCGUUGCAGGCCAAGAAUAAUGUGCUGGUGUUAGAAGAUUUAGGAUCUGAAUACUUGGAGGAACUUUUGAGCACCUCUGAAAGUAGUAACUCUUGCUUCAAAAACUAAAUUAGCUUACAACAGCUUUCAUGUAUAUAUUCUCUUUUUUCUUCUCCAUUGUUAUAUAAUUGUCAAGGUAGAUGUAAUGUCAUGCGGACUUUCUC